GGAAAAUACCACAAAAGCCAAGGCUGAAUAGAUUAAAUGGAUUUAAGAUCAGCUCUAUUUAAGUAGCAUAAAGGGUGGUCCCGAUGUUAGCGAGCACAAGACGUGCAACCGAGACCGAAGCAAGAAGAGAUCUUUACAGGUAAGAUUUAUGAUUAGGUGAGAGACUCAACUAUUACUGCAUUGUUGAAUGAAGAACAGCAGUAUUGCCUGGGUGUCUGGGGUGCAGACCACAUCAUGUGCAGUUUAUUCUUGUAACAAUUCAAAGACUUUUUCAACGGUUCGUUUGUUUCUGCCCUGAUGGCACAUUUUUUAAAGCUUAGACUAUACUUAUUUAAAAUAUAUUUUACAGAUAAUGUUGUUAUGACACUAUCGAGAGUUAUGCAAAUAAGUUGAACUUAAACAGGCUGAACUUUUCUGUGAAAACAGAUGAAGCGAUUCAAGUUACAAUGAGAAACACUAUCUGUAAAGAACAACAGUUUUUCUUCACUUAGAUCCUCUGAGUCUGAUUUAAAGGUGUGUUAUAUGCUGGUAACAGGGUUUUUUUUAUCACGGUAAUCUGUAGGAGUCAUCUACUGUUAUCAAAGGUUAUUCUUCUUACUCGUAUCUUUUGAGGGGGUUAAAAAUCUGAUUCAAGGCCAUUUUCAUUUUCUCAUUUUAAAACUACUGCAGGAACUUUUUACGUGUGGAUUUUGGCGCCCUCAGUAGGAAAAGUCAUAUGUGUUUAAUCUGGUUGGCCCCUUCUUUUUUAUGUGUAAUGGUGAUUACUGACAAAAAAUACCUCAUCUCACUGUGUCUUCAGAAUAAAAAUAUGUUAUUUAAUAUGAACAUUUAUAUUUAAAGAAGUAGAAAAGGGGUUUUUAUAUAGAAAUCAAAACAUCUGACAGUAGUUGCCACAAUAACAAUGUACAUCAAAGUAACUGUCUGUGUUUUUGCCAACUGUCUAUUUGUUUUUGUAAAUUAUAUCAAAAAAUCAUUUUAAUUUUCCAGUCAGUUUUAUAACUAUCAAAAAUUCUGUACAGGGGCUUUAAAAAAACAGAACAAAGAAAGCAGAUAUAAAACCCCAACAGCCUUCCUACAGUUGAUGCGGUAAAAGCUGUUCACCAUGACUUGAUCGACUUUUCUUUUUAAUGUCUAUUUUGAGUCUCAGACCGUUUUCUUUUAUUACGAGAACACAAUGAAUUGCUUUGAGCCAAGCUGCUUUUGUAGAUGGUCCUUGAAGUAACUUUUUCUUAGAGUUUUUCAGCUUUUAACCAGACUUAUCCAAAACUAUUUGUGCAGAGAAGUCCAGAGUCCUGUGUGUUUGGCUUGCAUUUUAACAGCUUCAUUUUUAAAGAUCAAAAUUUUGAACAUUUUUUGAUUUCCUUCCAUUUGACUGCUUUUUAAAUUAGUUUCAAUGAAAAGUCCUAAAUUCAAACUCCAUCGCCAAGAAAAAUCUUCCUUUUUUUCCUUUUUUUCCAUGAUGUGAAAUGUGUUCAGUGUUUUUAGAAAUGUGUUUUAACAGCAUGGAUAAUGAAUAAAGCAUUUUUAGUGUUCGACAAUGUCAUCAAAGUAGUUAUCAAUAUCUUUUCAUGUUUACUGGAGUGUAUUACGUUGUUUUUUGAGUAGAUACUAACUUCAUGAGGUUAACAGAGUAUUACAUUUCCCCCGUAUGAUUCAAAGACAAGAAAAACAACAGCAAAGUGAGGGUUGCACUCUUAACCUGGUUCAGUUUGUUGGAUCUUUUGACACAUGUCCUUAGAGCAUCUGAGCUGAACCCUGGUCCCCUCUUGUGGUAGGCGUCUGAGCUGCACCCGACGAAAGAUGCUGUUGGUUGUCAUGGCAGCAGUGCUGGUGGUGGCGGGGGCGAGGCAGGGCUGCAGCUCUGAGUGUCAUCUAACCAACAUUCCCAUCCAGGUGGAGAGCUGCGGUCGCACUGAAUCUGUUUACACCACUGUGUGUGCGGGACAGUGCUACAACAAGGUAAGAACUCAUUCCCACUCUGAAGAUAUAAACGAUCUCUUCUGUCCAUCUGAGCAUUUAAUCAGUGUGUAAUGCAGGAGUAGAGUUCACUCAAGUUACACAACUAACAGUUUGCUGGACGUUAACUGAAGGAAAAGUACAAUUUAACCUUCUGUUAAACUUUAAAAAAACAAGAGUGACAUUUUAACUAAUGAAUGUACUGGAUCAGCAAAGAAAUAGAGUAAUGACUUUGUCCACAGCAGGUACCAGAAACAACACAAGUCAAAAGUUCCUCACAGGAGCUUCUACAGAGUGAUUUUAAAACUUAUAAAUGCAGUCACAGUUAUGAUACUGUUAUUCCACUUAUUUUUCAAAACUGACAUUCUCAAAUAGAAAAAUGAUUACAAAUCAUUCUUAUACUAAUAAAAACAAAAUAAACCCUACUGUCUGAAUGGACAAGAAAAUUUACUGAAUUAUUAUUUGUUACUUUCUUUUUAUCAUCUUAUCUGUUUAUUGAUUUGUUUCAGCUGCACUUUGAAAUUUCGAGCAAACAUAAUUUUCUAAUUUUUUCUAAUUUGUAUGUUCAUAAUCCAGUUUAUCAAGUUUCAAUUACAACUUUGACCCUCUUGUUGUUGUUGUUGCUGUUGUUGCUGACAGGACCCGGUCUACAUCGGCCACGAUGACUGGGCUGAACAGAAGGUCUGUAAUGGGAACUGGACUUAUGAGGUGAAACAGUUCCCAGGAUGUCCUGUGAGCAUCACUUACCCUGUGGCCACACACUGCGAGUGUACUGCAUGCAACGCAGGAAGCACACACUGCGGACGCUUUAUUGGAGAAGCACCCAGCUGUCUGCCUUUUUAAAGGAACGGAGCCUCCAUCGCAUCUACAGGAAGUUACUCAACUGGGUACUGAAAUAAAACUGCAACGCCAAAG